AAAUAUUCCCGUUGCUUUUUCUUCCCUCCCUCCUAUGCUUACCAUCACCACCACACAAGUAAUAAAAACCAGAUUCAGAGUUCAAGUAUGGUUUUGUAACUGUGUCGAGCUUUUGGGACAUCGUAAGAAACGAUUUACUUUGGUGGAUACCUGUGCUAAUAGCAUUCGUGUAAGCUUUUGUCUAUCCGACUUUCUCCCAGCCUUUUAGUGUGUGAAUUACAGCGAUCUUCCAGCUGGUCACUUGCCUCGAAAAGCGGUUGUACGAAUACUCCGCAGAAAGGGUGGGUGAAGAGUAGACUACUCAGAAAUAAAGCUUCCCGUCGCGUGUGGUUGAAGACCUCUUUCAUCUGGAAAAGUUCAAAAACUUGCAAUGUCUCUCUCGGUACCCAAUGGAGUGAAGUCUGAUGACGAGCCCGUUAUCGAGCUCUUUGUGAAGGCGGGGAGCGAUGGUGAAAGCAUUGGGAACUGCCCCUUCUCCCAGAGGCUCUUCAUGAUCCUGUGGCUGAAGGGUGUGGUCUUCAACGUCACCACGGUCGACCUCAAGAGGAAGCCAGCAGACCUGCAGAAUCUGGCCCCGGGCACACACCCUCCUUUCAUCACCUACAAUGGGGAGGUCAAGACGGACGUCAACAAGAUCGAGGAGUUUCUCGAGGACAUCCUCAGCCCGCCUAAGUUCACCAAGCUUGGAGCCAGGCACCCGGAGUCUAACACUGCUGGGAUGGACAUCUUUGCCAAGUUUUCAGCCUUCAUCAAGAACUCUAAGCCAGAUGCCAACGAGGGUUUGGAGCGAGGCCUGUUGAAGACUCUCCAGAAGCUCGACGAGUACCUGCGCUCCCCGCUGCCUGACGAGAUCGACCACAACAGCAUCGAGGACAUCAAGGUGUCUUCCCGCAAGUUCCUGGACGGGGAGGAGAUGACGUUGGCGGACUGCAACCUGCUGCCCAAGCUGCACAUCGUCAAGGUGGUGGCCAAGAAGUACAGAGGCUUCGACAUCCCCAAGGACAUGACGGCCAUCUGGAAGUACCUGAACAAUGCCUACACGCGCGAGGAGUUCACCAACACCUGCCCCAGCGACAAGGAGAUUGAGAUCGCCUACGCAGAUGUGGCAAAGAGGCUGGUCAAAUAAGUCCCUAUCUCACUGCUACCCCGCCCCCCCCCCCCCCCCCCCCCUCCUGACCCCCUACCCCCUCCUCCCACACAGAACCAGGACUGGUCCAUUCAGACACGACACGAGAAAGAAAACUAUGGACUCCUUUCCUUCUCUUCAUGUAGAGCAAAAGCUUUUUUUUUUCUCUCCCGGUUUUUAUGAAGAUUUAUGAAGAAGCAACUUAAUGAAGGUCGCUGAUGAUCCAUUUGUUAACUGCUUUUUUUCUUGGUGUGUUUAUGGCGAUGCGUCAGGGAAGCACUCGCCUGGUGAGCCACUGACACGGCCGCCAGACACCAGAGUACUUAUCAGUGUUGUGAGUGGCCGUUAACAGACUCCUAAUUAAGUGACCUUCAAUUUGACCUGUUUGGAUACAUAUUUAUGGCCACAAGCUGUUUUGUAGUUUGUUUUUUGUCUGUUUAAUAUUGUCUCACUUGUUCUAGGCUUGCUACGAAGGUUCUUCUUUUCCCUUGGCAGAAGAAGUGGCUCAUACAGUGUUGAAAGCUUCAGUGUUCUUGGCUAUCAUCUCUGAAAAAAGGUUAAUUCAAGUAGAAGUGUAGGCCAAACCCCGAGAGGCAGACAUUUGGCAAGGUAAUGUUAUACUUUCCUGUUGCUUUGCUCUAGAAAAUCGGAAUAACAAAGAUGGAAGGCAGGGGAUUGUUGAAGCCCUAAAUCCGAAAUCCUGUCUAUGAUGAAACAUCGUAGCAAACAUGCGCCAGCUCAACUGAGUGAGCUUUAAGAACCAGACUUGAUGCAUGUUUUCAACUCAGGAAAUGCAAUGCAACCUGAGAGCCGUUCAAUAUUGGAGUAUAUGUAGCUAAGAAAACCAUUUAAACUGAUAUGGAAGGUCCUGUUUUCCUACAUUACCUCUCAUACUGUUUCCUCAUAGACACUGAUGCGAUUGAAAAGUCUCCACAUUACCAGAAAAGAUUCUGGUAGACUUUUCUUUCUCCCAUAAAGCAUAAAUAAAGGUCGUCUUAGCUUAGCUCACCUUGUUCUGGUAGCAGUGUUAGCUUCUAUUACGCCGCACUGACCAAAAAGGGCACAUUAUUCUGGUUUCACUGUGGAUAGGAUGACUUUUCCUGCUAUUUAAGAAUGGAGUCAUAACCACAAACCUUCUUUCUGCCGUAGCAGACGGAAAGACACCGAUGUGCAUCAAGAAAGGUGAAACUAAAGAUAUUUAUGAGAAAACAAAAUAAAGUGGAGAUAUCAAAUAGAAUUUCGAUUUCUUUCAGUAUGUGGAAAGAUUUCAACGGUAGCAAAUAUACACUUAUCGUAGUUCCAAAAGUGCUUUAGCGGGGGUUAAGCAAAAAGCAUGCAUGUUUUGCCCCAGAUAGGCCAUCUUUUUCCAACAUUUGUUUUGAAACAAAUUUGAUAAAAAGGAAUUGUAAAUAUUUUGUUUUGAUUGUUCAAAGUUCAACGUGUAAAUUUUAUACAUCCAUUGGUUUGAUUUGAUGGGGAAGACGGGCCUUUUCUAACCUGCUCGGGGUUUCAUUCUUGAAGAGCAUCUCUGGCCUUGACUAGUUUUCUCUUUGCUCAGAUGGUUUUCAAAUAUUAGCAUAUCUAUGUCAAUAUACAACAAAAUAAUAAAGAUCCUGGCUGUGUCAUGUUUUUAUAUAUAUAAUAUUGACAGCUGAAAUAAAGCUCCUCCGGGCA